AGGAAAAGUCACUGGCAGCGUAGAGCUUUUUGGAUCAUUGGACCAGGCCUUUCAACAGGUGACUUGGUGACAUUCAGUCUUUCAGAAAAAAGAGCAAAAGAAAAAGUAGAAGAGGAGAAAGUUAAAGAAAACACUCAAGGUCAUGACCACCAGACUCCUGUGGAGGGCCCUGUGCCUGCUGGCCUUACUGACCGUGUCACCCUUCAGCUCUGCCACCAACCAUCCAGACCCCUCAGCCCCAGAGCAGGGAGUCACCUUCAGUCAUGUUUAUAAAAUCGACAUCCCAGGGAGCUCCGGUUGUAAACUUGAGAGCCUGCCAACCCAGGACGAAACAGGUCUGCAGAGAGAGACCGCCACGAACGGAGAGAACGACAUCAUCUUCAGACACAACAUCAGGCUGCAGACACCAAAGUGUGACUGUGAGGAGUCGGAAAGCUUCAAGUCACUCUUGUACAGAGUCAACGGGCUGGAGGAGGAAGUUAACUACCUAAAGACCCAAUGUACUCAGGGAUGUUGUGGAGGAGGUGGUGGUACAGGAGUGGACACAAGCUGUAGUGGCCACGGUACCUACCAACACGACACCUGCAGCUGCCUCUGUAACCCUGGAUGGGAAGGCCCAGAUUGCUCAGUGUCCUCCUGCCCCGAUGAGUGCAAUGACAACGGCCGAUGCGUGGAUGGGAAGUGUGUGUGCCAUCAGGGCUACACAGGCGACGACUGCAGUCAACUGAUGUGCCCAGGCGACUGCAACGACAAGGGACACUGCGUGGAUGGAAAAUGUGUGUGUUUCCCGCACUUCACCGGCGAGGACUGCAGCAUCCAGAAGUGUCCCAAUGACUGCAUCGGUAACGGGCGAUGUGUGGAUGGCCAAUGUGUCUGCGAUGAAGGCUUUUAUGGAGAAGACUGUUCCUUAGUCCUCGGCCCUCAGGGUCUGCGGUUGGUCCAGGCGACCGACGUGUCUCUCCUGGUUGAGUGGGAGUCAGUUCGCGGGGCAGAGUAUUAUAUUUUGACAUAUCAGCCCAAAGAUGAUAACAGUGCCCUGCAGCAGGUUCAGGUUCCCAACACAGAGAACUCAUACCUCAUCACUGGACUGUCUCCUGGGGUCACCUACAUUGUUCAGGUGUAUGCCGUCAUCAAAAAAAUCCAAAGUGAAGCAGAUAAGAUCGAAGCAACCACAGAUGUCUCAGCUAUCAAUGAUAUCCGAGUUCUUGGCCAGACAGAAGUCUCAAUCCAGGUGGAUUGGAAGAACCCACCAGUUGAGCUGGAUCACUUCAGGCUUAGACACACUGACCCAGCAGGACAGGAGGAGGAGCUGAAUGUACAGAUGAGCCAGGAGGCGCGCACUAAACACACUAUUGUUGGUCUGUUUCCAGGAACAGAAUACCAGAUUUCAGUGCAGGGCAUCAAAGGAACCACUGAGGGAAAAUCUUCCUCUGUCACUGGUGCCACAGACAUCGAUGCUCCUACCAACCUCAUCACUACUGAAAUAACAGAGGACACUGCGACAGUUGCAUGGAAUCCAGUCCAGGCUGGAGUAGAUGGAUACAUGUUGAGCUACACCUCUGCUGAGGGCUCCAGUGCUGAGAUCCCUGUAGGACGAGACAGCACCUCAUACAGGCUGAUUGGCCUGAGGCCUGGAGUUCUCCACACUGUCUACAUCUGGGCGUUCAAGGGAGACAAGGUCAGCAGGAAGAGCUCAACAGAGGCUGAAACAGAGCUGGACGCUCCUACUAACUUCUUGGCCCAAGAUGAAACAGAGUCCAGCUUCAGGGUGUCCUGGGAUCACACCCAGGCAGAAAUUGAUGGCUACACCCUAACCUACAGCUCUUCUGAGGGCUCUAGUGGGGAAAUCCCAGUCGGGUCUGACAGUUCUUCAUACAUGCUGGAUGGCCUGAAGCCUGGGGUCCUCUACACGGUCUACAUCUGGGCCAUCAAGGGAAGCAAAGCCAGCAAGAAGAUCUCAACACAAGCUGAGACAGAACUGGACGCUCCUGCUAACCUCUUAGCAAGAGAAGAAACAGAGUCCAGCUUCAGUGUGUCAUGGGAUCAAGUCCAAGCAGAUAUUGAUGGCUACACCCUAACCUACAGCUCUUCUGAGGGCUCAAGUGAGGAAAUCCCAGUUGGGUCUGGCAGUUCUUCUUACAUGCUGACUGGCCUGAAGCCUGGAGUCCUUUACACGGUCUACAUCUGGGCCAUCAAGGGAAGCAAAGCCAGCAAGAAGAUCUCAACACAAGCUGAGACAGAACUGGAUGCUCCUGCUAACCUCUCAGCUCGAGAUGUGACAGAGUCCAGCUUCAGCGUGUCAUGGGAUCCAGCCCUGGCUGAAAUAGAUGGUUACAUCCUAACCUACAGCUCUUCUGAGGGCUCUAGUGGGGAGAUCCCUGUGGGACCUGAAAGCACCUCAUACAUGCUGACUAGUUUGAAGCCUGGUGUCCUCUACACUGUCUACAUCUGGGCCAUCAAAGGAAGCAAAUCCAGCAAGAAGAUCUCAACACAAGCUGAGACAGAACUGGACGCUCCUGCUAACCUCUUAGCCAGAGAAGAAACAGAGUCCAGCUUCAGCGUGUCAUGGGAUCAAGUCCAGGCAGAUAUUGAUGGCUACACCCUAACCUACAGCUCUUCUGAGGGCUCAAGUGAAGAAAUCCCAGUUGGGUCUGACAGUUCUUCUUACAUGCUGACUGGCCUGAAGCCUGGAGUCCUUUACACGGUCUACAUCUGGGCCAUCAAGGGAAGCAAAGCCAGCAAGAAGAUCUCAACACAAGCUGAGACAGAACUGGACGCUCCUGCUAACCUCUUAGCAAGAGAAGAAACAGAGUCCAGCUUCAGUGUGUCAUGGGAUCAAGUCCAGGCAGAUAUUGAUGGCUACACCCUAACCUACAGCUCUUCUGAGGGCUCAAGUGAGGAAAUCCCAGUUGGGUCUGGCAGUUCUUCUUACAUGCUGACUGGCCUGAAGCCUGGAGUCCUUUACACGGUCUACAUCUGGGCCAUCAAGGGAAGCAAAGCCAGCAAGAAGAUCUCAACACAAGCUGAGACAGAACUGGACGCUCCUGCUAACCUCUCAGCUCGAGAUGUGACAGAGUCCAGCUUCAACGUGUCAUGGGAUCCAGCCCUGGCUGAAAUAGACAGUUACAUCCUAACCUACAGCUCUUCUGAGGGCUCUAGUGGGGAGAUCUCAAUGGGAGCUGAAAGCACCUCUUACAUGCUGACUAAUUUGAGGCCUGGUGUCCUCUACACUGUCUACAUCUGGGCCAUCAAAGGAAGCAAAUUCAGCAAGAAGAUCUCAACACAAGCUGAGACAGAACUGGAUGCUCCGGCUAACCUCUUAGCCCGAGAUGAAACAGAGUCCAGCUUCAGCGUGUCCUGGGAUCACACCCAGGCAGAAAUUGAUGGCUACGUCCUAACCUACAGCUCUUCUGAGGGCUCUAGUGGGGAAAUCCCUGUUGGGUCUGACAGUUCUUCUUACACGUUAACUGGCCUGAAGCCUGGCGUCCUCUACACGGUCUACAUCUGGGCCAUCAAGGGGAGCAAAGCCAGCAAGAAGAUCUCAACAGAAGCUGAGACAGAACUGGACGCUCCUGCUAACCUCUUAGCAAGAGAAGAAACAGAGUCCAGCUUCAGCGUGUCAUGGGAUCAAGUCCAAGCAGAUAUUGAUGGCUACACCCUAACCUACAGCUCUUCUGAGGGCUCAAGUGAGAAAAUCCCAGUUGGGUCUGGCAGUUCUUCUUACAUGCUGACUGGCCUGAAGCCUGGAGUCCUUUACACGGUCUACAUCUGGGCCAUCAAGGGAAGCAAAGCCAGCAAGAAGAUCUCAACACAAGCUGAGACAGAACUGGAUGCUCCUGCUAACCUCUCAGCUCGAGAUGUGACAGAGUCCAGCUUCAGCGUGUCAUGGGAUCCAGCCCUGGCUGAAAUAGAUGGUUACAUCCUAACCUACAGCUCUUCUGAGGGCUCUAGUGGGGAGAUCCCUGUGGGACCUGAAAGCACCUCUUACAUGCUGACUAGUUUGAGGCCUGGGGUCCUCUACACUGUCUACAUCUGGGCCAUCAAAGGAAGCAAAUCCAGCAAGAAGAUCUCAACACAAGCUGAGACAGAACUGGAUGCUCCGGCUAACCUCUUAGCCCGAGAUGAAACAGAGUCCAGCUUCAGGGUGUCCUGGGAUCCUGUCCAAGCAGAUAUUGAUGGCUACGUCCUAACCUACAGCUCUUCUGAGGGCUCAAGUGAGGAAAUCCCAGUUGCAUCUGACAGCACCUCUUACAUGCUGACUGGCCUGAGGCCUGGAGUCCUCUACACUGUCUACAUCUGGGCCAUCAAAGGAAGCAAAGCCACCAGGAAGAUUUCAACAAGAGCUGAGACAGACAUCGAUGCCCCUAAGGACCUGAAGGCAACAGAUGUGACGUUGGACGCUGCUGUUUUGAACUGGAUCGCUCCUCUCGCUGACAUUGAGGGGUACAUCCUCACCUACAGAGAUGAGGAUGGCAACAUGAAGACGGUUGAAAAGCAGCUCGGAGCCAGCGAAAGCAGUUUAUCUCUAUCCAGUUUGGAGAUGGGGAAGAGAUACAUCGUCACCAUCAUUGCCUACAGGGGGAACAAGAGGAGCAAGGUCACACAGACCAUCUUCAAAACAGUUGGCCUGCUCUACCCCUUCCCCAUGGACUGCUUUCAGAUGAUGAAGAAUGGCUUUAAGAAGAGUGGUAUCUACACCGUCUAUAUUAACAAUGAUCGCUCUAAGCCAAUUGAGGUUUACUGCGACAUGGAAACCGACGGAGGCGGCUGGCUGGUGCUCCAGCGACGUAACAUUGGCAAGCUGGACUUUUUCAAACGUUGGAGACAGUACAUAGCAGGUUUUGGCAACAUGACAGAGGAGUUUUGGAUUGGUCUGGAUAAGAUAUAUGAACUCACCAAUACUCCUACUCAGUAUGAUCUGAGAUUCGACUUGGGCCUGGGCUCAGAGAGAGUCUAUGCCGUGUAUGACAACUUUAAGAUUGCGCCGGUCAAACAGAAGUUCAAACUCACUAUUGGCAAAUACAGUGGGAACGCAGGUGAUGCCAUGACCUACCACCAAGGCCGGCCCUGGACUACCAUUGACUCAGAUAAUGACAUCGCCCUGAGUAACUGUGCUCUGGCCCACCGUGGUGCCUGGUGGUACAAAAACUGUCACCUGGCCAACCUGAAUGGAAAAUGGGGAGACAACAGGCACAGUGUGGGAGUGAAUUGGAAACCAUGGAAGGGUCACCUGACGUCCCUCGACUUCACGGAGAUGAAGAUCCGACCCGUCGGAGCCUUGUCCAGCAGGAAGAGGCGAUCGUUGAUGGCCAGACAGAAGAGUAGAACCACAGACCUCCAUAAGAAAUAAUGGAGCACCUCCCAUUAAAACCACAACAGUCGCCAUCAGUCCCAUUAACAUGCCAUCACACUAGAUUUGGGUGUUUCUGUACAUAUGUACAUACAUAUGUCUUGGUGCUUUGAGCACAGAAGGGUUCCCAUUGGUCUACAUGCCUGUGCAUGUCUCAACUUUUGGAGAAUAUAUACACUUUUGUGGCAAAAAGGGAAACGCUCAUAUGCAAUAGUAACUUAUUAUCUGUUUAUACAGUGAGAUUCCUCAGAAAUUCCUAGGUUUGGUGUGAUUGUUGGAAAGCGGUGAAUAGAAAACUGCCUCAGCGUUGUUUUGAAGUGAACUGAAGUUCAGUUAUAAUUUUAACAGCUACUGAUUCUGGUAGUAAUCUCAAUUAUAAAUCAGGAAACAGUAGAUUUAAGUUAAAUUGGAAACCACGAAAUACAUAUUUUCUCUUAUUACUUUAUUCAUUUUAACUUUCUUCUUUUUUUUUUUUUAAAGACCUCAGGGCAAAAGCCGAGGUUAUCUGUAUGAUAUUUGUUUAUUUUAUGUCCUAUGAAGAUUUUGAGUAGCAACCUUUUGUGUGUAUAGCAGCAUUGUUAGAAUAACAUAAAUGUUAAAAAAAAAAAGAAAGCUUUUGGCUCGUGUGUUUUGUUCAUGUGUGGAUGCCCAGAGUUUAUUGAUUAUGAAGCUGGCUGGCUGUGUUGCAUUAAGCUGCCACUGUACUGCAAACACUGUCACAUCACAUUACUUUUUGUAGGACAAACAGGAGAAUAACAAUAGAUGGCUGUCUUGAAUGACCAUAUUGCUCCUGCUUUACAUUCAUACAACGGGGACAGCGCAUAUCAAUCAAUUUGAUGCGCCCAUAUCAAACUCCAAGAAGAAUGAGGCUUGUUUGCCUCAUCCUCAGGAGCUUAAUGACCAAAAUCUUGUUUUCAAUCUCAAAAGCUGACAAAGGUUAUUAAUGCUGUUUUGACUUUUACUUUAUUACAUGAUUACAUUUUUUUUUUUUUUUUACACUUUCAUUACAAACUCUGUUGGUUUAUUUGACAAGGACAGAGCACAUCAAUCAACCUUUCUGCUAAUCUGUGAGAAAUGAUUUGUAGUCCCUUAGUUUGCAUUCACUAAAAUGUCUUUUUAAGCCUUCAUGGCCCAUAGGGUUUUAUAUUCCAACAAACCCUCAGUCAGGAUUUUCAAGGUCAGAAAUGAAGGAAUUUAAAUCCUGUAUAUAUAUAUUUUUAAACUAAUUGUACUGUCAGGCUAAUGUUAUAGCUUCUCAUUCAAGCCACACAUUCACGUAAUAAUAUGAAUAAAUAAAGGUUUAGCUACAUGAACACGUUGUCAUUCCUCAUCCAAGGACACAUGGAGCCUUAAGGGAAAUGGGAUGAACAGAAUAAUUAAUUAAGCAAGUAGUUCCAUAUUUUAUUGCAGAGGUGGAGGUUUAUUAUGGGAAUGUCAGUAUUAUAAGAUUUGUAUAUAUUUUAACUACUGUAGUGCUGUAUCUAUCUACAAUUAACAGGUCUGCAGCCAUGCUAGCAGCUCUGAGACUGUAUUUGCAAAGGAGCUUUGAGCUAAAUGCUAACAUCAGCAAUCAUCGAUAGCAUGCACCAGAGCUGUCAUAAAGAUUGAUUUCACAUUUUUCCUUCCCAAGACAAUUUCAAUGUAACUGUAGACUGAUGGAGCCGCACAUGAGCUCAAGCUGGACUUUACAUUCAAUGAUUUUUGUCUACUAUGACUUAAACUGAGAUCGCUCUCUCUCACAGCCAGUACAGACAAGAUGAACAAUUACAGUAACUGUUAGUAUUCUGUUAAGAUAUUGUAUAUAAUAUAUAUAUGAUAUAAUUUUUACCACAUUCAAUAUGUUUGUUUAGAGCAUUUUGGUAAAAUGUGACUUGAUAGUGGCACUAGAUAAAUAAACAACAAUCCUCACUAACAGGAGAGCCCCUGAUGUCCACAAAAAUAUGUUUUCAUCUUGUUGCACAUGAUGUUUUUGUGUAAAUGUUAUUAUAGUGUGGCUUUCAGGACCUUGAAGGCCAUUUUGCAUAGUCAGCAAAUUGUGAUACUUCAGUCUCUUCACAUGGUUUUCUUUAUGUUGAGCUGCAGUGUUCCCAGUACACUUUCAUCACACUGAAUUGAGCAACUAUACUUGCAGGGCCUGAUGACUAUUUGCCAUCUGGUUUCAGAAUUUCCCAAUUCUGUAGCUCAUAAUCUGCAGCAGCAGCAACAGCUCACUAGCUGUCGGGGCAGGAACCAUUUUUUAACACAGCUGCAGUACAAGGAGACAAUAUGAAGAGCACAUUACACCAUUUCAAGUCAAAAUACAUGUAUGAGAUACGAUCUAUUCAAACAACAUUACACCACUUCAGGAAUGCCAUUCCAUCCUCAAAGGCCAAAUGAAGAAGUGAAAAAUGUUGUGUUUGUUUAUCAAAAUCGAAUACGACUGUGAGAAAGCUGCUGCUGCUGCCUCAAAUUUGGCAGCAAAUAUUUCAACCUUUUUUCUUUUUUUUUUUUUUACUUUGAAAUGAAAUGUCUCACAAAAGCUCAUUGAUGCGAACGGCCUUUUCAGCCACAGUGAUUGCAAAUUACUUUAAGGAGAUUGGUUCCUGCCAUUGCUCUGAGAGGCAAGUGGUUUGUGCGGUGCAGGAUAAACAGAAAGGUUUGCCCUUUCUUUCUUUCUUUCUUUCUUUCUUUCUUUCUUUCUUUCUUUUCUGUCUGCCUAUGUGCCAUUAUAUAAAGUACAGUAUAAACUUGGAGACAUGCAGUACAAAUUUGUCACUCGGGAGUUGACUCUUACGCCUUGGGUUCAGUGUGAUGUAUUUUUUCCAUGAGAGAACUUGGUAGUGUUGUAACAAGGGAGUGUUUGUUUAAAGGGGUGGAGGGUGAGCAGUUCACAGAAAGAGAGAAGUACUGACCAGACAGAAGAAGAGAAGAGAAGAGAAGAGAAGAGAAGAGAAGAGAAGAGAAGAGAAGAGAAGAGAAGAGAAGAGAGAAAAGAACUGUCACCCAGCAAAUGAGAAAAAAAAAAAAAAACUACCUCUGACUCUGGUGGUCUGUGUGUGGGUUUUGCAGGAGAUUAGUAUAAUAUAUUGACCUUUGUUUCGCAGCAGACAGGAAAUGACAGGAGACAGAGACGUGGUACCACAAAUGUCCCCAGCUCAAAUGAAACUGUGGGACAUUGUAGUUAUGUGGUGUGUGCUUUUACAUAUAUACUGAUUUUUUAUUAGCUUUUUAUAUGAUAUCAUAUUUAUAUUUUCUUGCUCCAAUGCUGCACUUUCAAUAUGCAACGGAAGCUUUUAUGCUUGUUGCCAAAGCAGCCUUUACCUGCCUAUUUUCUUCAUGCUUUUAUAAGCCUCAGAUGUACCAGUUACUAAGUCGCUUAACACAAAAGGCCAGAUCAACAGCUGGCUAGUCUGCUUAGUUUAUAUCCCAUAAAUAUUCAUACAUAUUGUUUAUAAUUUAUCACAUCUUGGCUAAACACACCAGUGAUUAAAAAAAAAAAUAAUAAUAAAAAGUUUGUCAGGGAGGCGGAUAGGUGGAUUCACCUCUUGAUCUAUGUAAUGUAAGACUUUUUUUUCACAUUCACAUGUCACAGUGAAAACACGACAAGCUGUGAAAGAUCAUUCUCAAAGUCACCUCAGGCCAACAUGUUUACAUGCUGGGAUUUAAGUUAAUUUGGCAACAACAGCAAACAUGGCACGCGGGUUAAAAAUCACGUUCUGUGAGAUGGAACUAAUUUCCCAAAGUGCAUGUGUGAGCCUUAAUAUUGUCAAAGAUGAAUUGCUCCUCAAGCCAAACUGAUUACUGGCAUCAAAGAUUGCUCCGCUACGGCCGUCAAACCAAUGAUGAAAAUUACAUGUUCAUGAAGAUCACUGCAGGCAGAAGUGCUUAUUAAUUGCAUUGGCUCGGCAUCUUUUUUUUCCAUUUUGCUUAUUUACACAGUUUAUUAUAUACGCAUAAGAAGGCUUCCUCUAACCUCCUUUUUAUCAGCUUAUUUCUUUAAUUCACUACAGUAAAAGACAAUGUUAGUGUAACAGAAAAUGUUUGGAGCCAUGCUUAGCAGACAUCAUGCUGUAUGUGAACAAAUGCAGCUCUUUGUUGUUUGGUUGUCUCACAUUUCAUAGUCACAGUUCCUGUCGUUUUAAUAAUCACAGUGUGUUAACAGGCAAAAAAUGACAAGCAGCUUUGUUCCCAUUAGGGUGCACAAAUACUUAAAAUAAAUACACUGGCUACAAAUAUUGAAUUAUUGUCUUAGCAGUGAAUGAAGAGGCUUCUGCAAUAUAUGAUGUGCUCACACAUAAAGAUAAUGACUUUCUCAAAGUCUCAAAAGCUCAGUUAAAUUCAGUAUUACUGUAUAUUACAUUAGAAAUAGAAAUAUGAGAUUCCACAAAGCUAAAAAAAAAAAAAUACUUUAUUUCCCUUCCUGUCAUCUUUCACAUUGUGCUCUCCUUUAUCAUUGUAUCUCUAUAUGUCAGGAUAAAUUAUGCUUGCAGAGCUAACAACAAAGCCCAGUCAGGCAUAUAAUUAAAAAAAAAAAAAAAAAAGAAUCAGCUCAGCAUUUUUUUUUUCAACUGUGGAACAACAAAAAACAUAUGCUAAACGUACAAUGUCAUGCAUAACUGGAUGGGAUCAAAUAUGGGCUGCUCCCAUAUAUAAAACCAGGACGGUGGAUUAGCUGUUCAAUCAGAUGACAGAUCUUACUGAAUCGGUUCCUUCUGAUCAAAACAAACUGAAGAAAAGGAAAAUAUGUAUUUAGAAAAUAGAAUAUGGUUAAAGUUUAAAGUGGGUCAGCAUCACAGUCUAGCAAACAGGUGCUGAGAAGAAAAGCGUUGAUGGUGUGAACAUGCUAACAGGAAAUAAAGUGAUCUCAUUAAUGCAGCCCGCACUUCAGCAUCAUAUAUAUUUAUAGCACAGCGGUGUAAAAACACCUACACUACUGUAUGAAGCAUUGAAAAAACUGAUAAUGGGGAUCAGUAACUCAUGGUCAGCUGGUAAUUGAAUGAGAUUAAUGAAAUUAAUUAAAGAAUCAUUAGGAUUCAUGUCUGAAAACCAUAAUUCUCCUGCCUGUCUUCAUUUACCCUUGUAAUUAUAUUACAAUCUGUAUACUGAUGAAAUGACAGGCAGUAAUCCAAAAGCAAAUGUGCCUUUAUUUUUGUAUAAGAUCAACACUUAGGGUGUGUUAUUUUCAACCAUCUAACAGUGCUUACCAUCAGUCAUCAGUUUGGUUAGUCAAGUGGCUUACCUCACAAAGACUGUAAACAGGAAGGAACAGUUGACCUCGCCUCGUCUGUCAGCUUUUUUUUUUUCGUCAAUGACGAUUCAUGAAGGAUGUUCUGUGUCACACUCAUAGAGAGUUUAAAGAAUAGACAUCAUAUCUGUGAAUCUGUGUAUGUGAAGCUCAGAGUGUGUCGCCAUCUUGGCAGUCCUGCCCUUUGUGGCCUCCCAUCAAAAAAUCGGCAAAGACGUGGAUCAUCAGGGGACGUGAGGCGGGCUGAGUGACACCUUGGCGCCCAAACACACCACCUGUAUCAAAUUAUAACUAAAGUACCAGAUGUAAAAGAACAUGUAAAAGUGCUACAAUCUCAGAGUAAUGUAUUUUAUUUUUUGGGAUUUUAAUAUAAUGAUUGGUGCUUUAAUAUCUCCCUUAAAUAAACGGGGCUCAUUUUUGGUGCCCCUGUUUCCAGUCUUUGUGCUACGUUUAGCUAAAUAUCUGCUGCAACUAGCUGCAGUGGUAUUCAGUUUAUAAUCUAACUGUCAGCAAGUCAGCAAAUAAGAAUAUUUACCAAAAUGCUGGAGUAUUCCUUUAUUCUUACCUUUCUUUUUUUUAUUUUAUAUCAUUAUUUUUAUGUUGUUAAGAAAGCCUGUCACAGUUAUAAUGAACAGGAACUGACUGUAAGUCUUCCUGACAAAUACAAACCGCACUGACAUGUUCAGCCAGCCCCUGAACACGGCAGUGAUGUCACUUCUUGGAAAACAGCACUGAUUAGUGAUCAUGCAAGAAUUUUUUGCAGGGCACGCUUUCAAAUUAAGCCCAACAAGUCAAGCUUCUCUCUUUGAACAUGAAGUAAAAGAGACAAACCCCGAUUUCCACAUGGGAAUGUGCCUGUCUGAGCUGUAAUGAAAUGAGUGGGGCCUGUUUUCCCAGUAGCACUUGAGCAAGAAGAUCAACUUAGUGCCAGUGUAAGCUAAUGCAUAAAGAUGAUGAUACUGCUGAGGCGUUUUUUUGCUUAAUUGGGCUUUGAGAUGUCAUACGCUUGGAGAAAAAAAAAGCGCCUUCAGGCAUAAUCUACUUGAAACCCAAAUCAUUUGCCUAUUUCAGACUUUCCCUUCUUUAUUCCUUUAUUUUAUAUUUCAAAAAUAUGUUAUACGUUGAAUAAGUUCACAACUUGAUAUACUCUUUAAAACAUUUUUUUUUAACCACAUAACUUUGUCAAUCAAAUUUAACAACAUGACUGACAUAAACAAAACUGGACAUGUAUAAAUCAAACCAUCUAAGAAUUACAUGUAAGAAAUUGUCUAGAGACAAUUUGGCGAAAUAAAGUUUAUGAGUGUGAGCAGUAAGACGACUCAUUCAAACGUCGGAACAGCUUUUAAUUGAUCACAUGAUUUAUCACAUUAGAGCUUGAAUAGCCAAUCAAAGACGUGGAUCUGCUGCUUUGUUCAUUCUUCAACAUAUGUCAUUUGAAUUUUUAUCCUUAAUAUCUCUAGUACUAAGUAACGUGAAAUUAGCAACUCAACAGCAACAAUCUUAUUUUAUAUAUAUAUAUAUUAAUAUAAAGAAGUGAAAUGAAACAAAAUGAAAAUGAAACUGGAGCAAGAAAGAAAUUCUGAAGCUGGAGGCCAAUCAGACAAUUUAGUACAAGGUGAGUAACAAAUCAAAUUAAACAGUAAGCAAACAGUAGGCUAAAGGUAUCCUACUAGGAAUUAUACAUAUUUCUUCAGCUGGUUUUAUAUAACCACUCACAUACAUGUGUCAAAAGGUGUGUGCUCAUCUCUGUUUCUUUACUGCAGUCAACUCAGCUCUACUCUUAAUCAACUAAAUAAACUUCUGGAGGAUCUCUUAACUUUAAGCUGUUUUUUAAGUUGUAAGAAAUGUAAUAAAUAACUUUUGAUCUUGUCAGCUUGAGUGAACCAAUAAAUACAGGCCCGGGAAACAUCAUUAACUUCAAUACGGUUGUCUAGUGUUAAUUUAAAGAUCUGAUAAUCAUUUUGGGAAGCUAAAUUUUUACUUUUUCAUUUUUCUGGUUUCCCCUACAUUUGGAUAUUGAAUUGUGCCUUUAAGGCUCACUUGACCUGAAUACUGCAACACUCUCAAAAAACCAAAACUAGGAGAAGUGCCUCUCUUGUGGCUUACGCUACAUCAUAUACAAAAAAAA